AUGGCGGACAUAGCUAUUUUGGUGGCGGAGGAGUACGAGCGGAGAGUUAAACAGACGCCGGAUGCGAGAUCGGCGUCGUUGGAAUUUGAUUGGUGGAAGAAUGUUCCGGCGAAGUUGACUAUAGGAGUCAACGAGAAGAAGAUAGAGUGUUUGAUGAAUAAGUUUGAGGCUAAAUCUGACUUUUCUCUCGCCAUCUCUCAUGGCCUCUUCUCUGCUUGA